AUUAAUCCUUUUAAAAAUCAAAGUCAGCCAGCAGCGUACUGUGCAGCAACUUGAAGGCAUCUUUAUGUAGUCAUCCCAUCAGUUAAGGCAAUAUGGAUUCUAGGUGUUUGCUUUAUUGCCUUUGAGAGCCACCUAGUUUGCACUGGUUGCUAUCUUCUUCUUCUGCCUUUUUUUGUGGGGGGCGUAAUUGGGUCGUAUCUGUUAUCAUCAGAGUUUUUCCUAUAUUAUAUCCUUUAGAAAACGCCAUGCUCUAACACCCUAGCUUUAGGAUGUUAGUUAGAGAAAAAAUUGUUGCCCUCUUCGGCCUGAUGGCCCUUUCUGUGUCUCUUUUUCCUGACACUUGUAUGGCUGAUUGCGUCCCUUCUUCCUGUGGAAAACUCACUAUACAUUUCCCUUUCCGAUUACGGAGUGAUCCUAAGAAGUGUGGUUACCCGGAUUAUGAACUAGUUUGCAAGAACAACCGCACCACUUUGCCUCUCAAAUUUACUACUUUGCCUCUCAAAUUUACUACAAACCAAAGUUUCUUAGUGGAGGAAAUCUCUUAUGAGAAUCAAACAGUUCGAGUGGUGGAUGCCAGUCUCGAUAGGAAUAAAUGUUCCAUUCCCUACCACUACGGUCUUGUUAAAUCUCGACAUUGGAGGGAUACGUCAUUUAGCCUAGAGCCAACUAGGAAUAGCAUCAUGCAUGUUCUAAAUUGCAGGAUGCCGAUGAGUUCAUCACUCUAUGUGGAUGCCUCUAGUUGCACCGAUAGCUCUUCCUCUGCACACACCUACUUUUUUCUUUUCAAUAGCCAAACAAAGCUUUCGGAUUUCAAUGAAUCAUGCAGAAUUGAAGCUCAGUUCCCGAUCAUGCUAUCCAAUAUCUCAGGCCUCUCUGCUUCUGAUAUUUACCUUAAGAUGCUUAUGGGCUUUGAACUGACCGGGUGGAGAUGGUUCUGCAGCAAUCACCGAAGUAUACUUUGCAGUUCGCGCAGCUUGCGUGAGAAGAUGUAAGUAUUCAAGAAUUUCUGAAUAUCUUUACCAUGCACUAGGGAUACCACCGAUGUGUGGUUAGUAAAUCUUAAUUGUUGUUUUUACUGAAGUAUACUUUUAAUCAAACUUUAUUUAGGAUAUAUAUCAUCACUUUCGGCAAAGGAAAAAUGAGAAAAAUGUCAGAAAAGUUUAAUGACGGACAUAGAAUAAAUUUACUAAAGUUAU